ACUACCCAUGUACUGGUGGUGGAGCGAAACCAACUUGCCGAGAUACAAGUCUACAUUUGCACAUAAGAAUCAACCCCGGAAGCCCAAUUUUGAUGCUUGUAACAUACCGCUGCUUGCACGGUACUGUACGUGUAUGUAUGUACACAAAGUUAGGGCUGCUGCCGCCGAGGUGGGAAGCAUCAUGCCCCAAAUUGGAGGCGGAUUGCCAAGCGAUUGAAGCUUUCCCUGUAUGUAAAAUUUCCAGCCUGUUCCCUUCAAAACUUCCCGAAGCGCUAGUCAAAAGUAUAUCAGAUGUAGCUUGUAAGAGGCAUCGCAUGUCAGCCCUGCAAGUGCCGCACGUUUUCAAGCUUGCACCACAUGCAUAUGUAAGAUGGUGCCAUGGGCGGAGUGAAUCCUUAACAGCGCGGAUCGUGGCCGGUGGGUGCUCGCCGCGUUCCGUCUCCUUUUCCUUUUCUCGUUUUCUUUUUUCCUUCACAUUUCCUCUUCUUGCUUUCUUCUCUGGUUUACUGCCCCUCAACAAGUCACAAUCAAGAAGCAGAGAAUCCACCUAGGUACCUUAUGUAUCUUUGCGCUUGCCAGCAGCGCGUCUGGUAGUGUACUGGACAUGGAAAAUGUUACCCCCAAUGUCAGGGAGGUGGAUGUCACUAGUGCUGGUGAUGAGUGACUGUGGGGUCACUGUGGGAACCAGCGACACAUAAGCCGCGCCCACUACGGUAUUGGACAUGGAUCAACAAAAUUUCUCGAACACACGUGAAAAAUAUCCCUGCCGGUUGAAUAUCGUACGAGCGAGAAAGCACG